AGUUUUUUAAUUGCAAUUGUACUCUAUAUCUCUCUCUCUCUCUUACUCUUUCACUCUCUCUCUCUCUCUCUCUCUCUUACUCUUUCUUUCUCUCUCUUAAAAAAGUUGAUGAUCCACCGAACCGGAGAAGCUGCAUUAUUUCUUUUUGUAAUUUUCCCGGAAUCCAAACACCUAAAAAAGAAAAAAACCUAAAAUAAAAACCAUAAAGAGAGGGAAAAGGAAAUUCUGAAUGGAUUCAAGAGAAAUACAAGCACCACCUCCAUCAGCCCCACCAAACAUGAUGGUGGGACCCACUUCGUACCCCACGGCGAUGUCUUGCACCAACAACAACAAUGCUUCGUCCAUGAUCAGCCCUAACUCCAUGGGCGGUGCGGCUCCGACGAUGAUGGGUGGGCCCGGUGGUGGUGGUGGUGGUGGUGGUCGAUUCCCUUUCAACUCGAUUGCCCCACAACACGUUUCGAAACCCCUUGAUUCUCUCGCUUCUCAUCCCUAUGAUGGAUCUUCGUCUCCUGGUUUGAGGCCCUGCGCUAGUGGUGGUAGUGGCGGCGGUUUCAAUAUCGAUUCCGGGUCCAAGAAGAAGAGGGGUCGGCCCAGGAAGUAUUCCCCUGAUGGUAAUAUUGCUCUUCAAUUGGCUCCUACCCCAAUUUCUUCUUCAACUGCUGGCCAUGGCGAUUCAAGCAACACUCCCUCCUCAGAGCCUUCCGCCAAGAAGAAUAGGGGAAGGCCUCCAGGUUCCGGAAAGAGGCAAUUAGACGCAUUGGGAGUUGGUGGAAUCGGUUUUACACCUCAUGUUAUUAUGGUGAAAGCUGGAGAGGAUAUAGCAUCAAAAAUCAUGGCCUUUUCACAGCAAGGACCACGCACUGUUUGUAUUCUCUCUGCAAAUGGUGCAAUAUGCAAUGUUACCCUUCGCCAACCUGCAAUGUCUGGUGGUACUGUGACAUAUGAGGGUCGAUACGAGAUUAUUUCUCUGUCAGGAUCCUUUUUGCUUUCUGAAAAUAAUGGCGGCCGCAGCAGAACUGGUGGUUUAAGUGUGUCGCUGGCAGGGCCUGAUGGCCGAGUUUUGGGUGGUGGAGUUGCAGGUAUGCUGAUGGCAGCAUCACCUGUGCAGGUUAUCGUUGGUAGCUUUGUUGCGGAAGGCAAAAGAUCAAACUCCAAUAUUCUAAAAUCUGGACCUUCUGCUGCGGCAUCCCAGAUGUUAAACUUUGGUGCACCAAUGGUUGCGGGCAGCCCACCAUCACAAGGGGGCUCCAGUGAAUCAUCCGAUGAGGAUAGGAGUAGCCCUCUUAAUCGGGGCCCUCCUUCACUCUACGCUAAUCCUACUCAACCAAUUCAUAUGCAGAUGUAUCAAAUAUGGACUGGUCAGACUCAACAAUGAAGAAAGACGCUUCGGAAUUAAACAAACAUACAAGGUGAAUUUGGGGUAUUGACUGGGUGAUUGUCCUGCACCAAUGUCUCGGCCUAGUGCAUACAAUCGCAUAGAGAGUGAGAGAGAGGUCAAUUCCAAAUGCUAACAUGCAUUAUCCAAACAGCAGUUAGAAAGUUUAUCCUAGUUCUUUCUAGAUAAUGAGGUUUUUUUUUUUUUUUUUUUUUUCUUUUCACUCCCAUAUGAUUUCAAACGCAGCUACUGUUGAGAUUUAGAUCCUUUCCUUGUUUUCCCUCUCCUUAUUUUUACUUGAGCUUUUAAUCCAAAUUAUUCAUCUCUUUCUCACAUACAAA